GUCGAGACCCUGGACAAGAUGCCGGAGCGAUUACGCGCCAGUUAGGCAGAUGCAAGGCGAGGUAUCAGGGUAUCAAGAUGAGCUACUUACUUUGAAGCAGCAGCAACCAGCAUCACAGCAUGAAUGUGCGUCAUCCCUUUUUGUUCAGACCUCAAGUGUCAGAAAAUUCAGACCAAUUCACGGUUGCCUUCAAACUCUAUUAUUGGACUUGGAUUGCUGCUAUGUCUCCCUCUGUCUAUUAUCCCUCUCAUCCACAACUAAAAAUAGCCUCUCAUGUCCCUUGCCUGCAUUGCCCUUCACUGUCUCCCUGCCACACUGAAUUGUGGGUUCACAUGCCGUGCGGAGUCACCACCAUUGCCCACGAACAGAGGAACGCCAAGAAAGAAGGGAGGGAUCAAUGGCGCUGCCUAGCGUGCCCAUCACUUAUUAGCAGUUAGAUAGCAUCCAAUUCCUUCUAAUUAACAGCAAAAGCAUCAAUGGCGGCGGUGGCGAACCUGUCGUCGGGUGGGCUGGAGCCGACGGUGAAGCCGCUGGCGGCGGCGUGCUACGACAACAACCUUGUGAACUCGCAGGGCAUGUUCCUGGGCGACCAGCCGCUGCGCUUCUCCCUCCCGCUCCUCCUCGUCCAGGUCUCCGUCAUCCUCGUCCUCUCCGCCGCCGCCCACGUCGUGCUCCGCCGCCUCGGCCAGUCCCGCUUCGUCACCCACAUGCUCGUCGGCGUCUUCCUGGGCCCAACCGUGCUGGGCCGCAGCGAGACCUUCCGCGGCGUCCUCUUCUCCGAGCGCGGCACCUACAUCCUCGAGAGCGUGUCGCUGGUGGCGCUCAUCCUGUUCCUCUUCUCCAUGGGCGUCAAGACCGACCUCAGCCUCCUCCGCCGCCCCAGCGGCCGCGCCGUCGCCGUCGGCAUCACCGGCGCGCUCGUCCCGCUCGCCGUCACGCUGCCGGUGUUCCACGCGCUCCAGCCGUCGCUCCCCGAGGACCUGCGCGGCUCCUCCCUCAUCACGGAGCUCGCCGUCCGGCUGUCCCUGUCGUCGUUCCCCGUGAUCGCCGACGCGCUCUCCGACCUCGACCUCCUCAACACCGACCUCGGCCGCAUCGCGCUCACCGCGUCGCUCAUCACCGACGUCACCUCCUGGUUCCUCCGCGCGUGCACCGCGGCGGUCUUCCUUGUCUCCGAGGCGAAGUCGGCGGCGUUCACGGCGCAGAUCCUGGCCUCGUUCGUGGCGUUCGUGCUCUUCGUGGGGUUCGUGGCGCGCCCGGCGGGCCGGUACAUCGCGUACAAGCGCACCCCGACGGGGUCGCUGCUGUCGGAGGGUUCCUUCGUCGUCGUCGUCAUCGCGGCGCUGCUGUCGGCGCUGGUGACGGACGCGAUCGGGUUCAAGUACAUGAUCGGGCCGAUGAUGCUGGGGCUGGCGCUCCCCGGCGGGAUGCCCAUCGGCGCCACCAUGACGGAGCGCCUCGACUCUUUCUUCAUCGCGCUCUUCCUGCCGGUGUACAUGGCGCUCUCCGGGUACCGCACCGACCUCGCCGAGCUCACCAAGCCGGAGACCUCGGAGAAGUGGUGCGCGCUGGAGCUGUUCGUGGCGCUGUGCGUGUCGGGGAAGCUGGUGGGGUGCGUCGCCGCGGGGCUCUUCUUCGCGAUGCCGUUCCGGGACGCCGCCGUGCUGGCGCUGAUGCUCAACAUCCGGGGCAUCGUGGAGGUGGCGGCCAUCAACAACUGGGGCGACACCAUGAAGGCCACGGCGGAGCACUACUCCACGCUCACGCUCUCCAUGGUGCUCAUCACCGCCGUCUCAACGCCGCUCAUCAAGCUGCUGUACGACCCGUCGGGGCAGUUCGUGCGGGCGAAGCGGCGGACGCUGGAGGACGCGCCGCCCAGCGCCGACCUCCGCGUGCUCACCUGCCUCUACAGCGAGGACCACGCCGCGCCGCUCAUCGACCUGCUCGAGGCGUCGGGGUCCUCGCGCGACUCCCCCGUCUCGCUCAUCGUGCUCCACCUCACGGAGCUCGUCGGCCGCGCCGCCUCCGUGCUGAAGCCCCACCGGAAGAGCAGCAGCACAAGCAACCCGACGCCGUCGGACCGGAUCGUGAACGCGUUCCGGUACUUCGAGCAGCAGCAGGCGGCGCCGGGCGCCGUCACCGUAAGCCCGUACGUGGCGCAGGCGCCGUACAGCUCGAUGCACCACGACGUGUGCUCGCUGGCGCACAGCCGCAAGGCCAACCUCAUCCUGCUGCCCUUCCACAAGUCCUCCGACGGCGCGCGCGCCACCGCCAACAACGCCAUCCGCUCCAUCAACCGCGCUGUCCUGCACUACGCGCCCUGCUCCGUCGCCAUCCUCGUCGACCACGGCCUCGCCGCCGGCUCCGCCUGCGCCACCGCCGCCAACAGCCUCCUCCAGAGGGUGGCGCUCUACUUUCUAGGCGGGCCCGACGACCGCGAGGCGCUGGCGUACGCGGCCAGGAUGCCGGAUCAGGACUCCGGGAGCAGCGUGUCGCUGACGGUGGUGCGGUUCAAGCUGAGGAACUGGGUGGGGAUGGGAGGGCGCGACGAGGUCAGGGACGAGCAGGUGCUGCAGGAGUUCUGGACAAGGCACCGCGACAACGAACGCGUCGUCUACGUCGAGAAGACGGUCGAGGACGCCGAGGGCACUGCGUCGGUGGUGAGGUCCAUGAGCGAGAAGUUCGACCUGCUCAUCGUCGGCCGCCGGGGCGGUGCCGGUGAAGGCGACGACCUGGAAGGCUCGGCCGGCGCCGCGCUCACAUCCGGGCUGUCGGACUGGAGCGAGUUCCCGGAGCUGGGCGUGCUGGGGGACAUGCUGGCCUCCGCAGAGUUCGCGUCCAAGGUCUCCAUCCUCGUCAUCCAGCAGCAGCCGCCCAAGAACAACGCAGCCGCUCGAGGGGGAAGUUCCAUCAACGAUUAAUUAGUAGAACUACUUACUACUAGUCGAUAGGGAUCAAUCCAUGAUUUUUUCGCUCUUCUUAAGUUUUCUUGGAA